GUCACAGGGAUGGUAAUGGUUGUAUCCUGUCCGCAGCCAGUGUUUGAGUUUGGCGCGCUUUGCCUAAGGACUGAGUGAGCCAAAGCCAUUGCGUCCCCUCCUUCUAUCCCUCCCCUCUCAGCAGUCAGAGCAUCCUAGAGCAGACCAGCCGCCUUCCUUCUCCUCACACCAGCCGUAGCAGCACCGAUAUCAGUCAUGUCUCUCCCCAAGGUCUCCUCGUCCCCAGCCAUCCAGAUCAGCAGGAUUAUGCGCCCAGAUGAUGCAAAUAUUGCAGGAAAUGUUCAUGGUGGAACAAUUCUGAAGAUGAUUGAAGAAGCCGGAGCCAUUAUAAGUACACGCCAUUGUAAUAGCCAAGAUGGGGAGCGUUGUGUAGCCGCAUUGGCUCGUGUGGAACGCACUGACUUCCUGUCACCGAUGUGUAUUGGAGAAGUGGGUCACGUCAGUACUGAAAUUACUUAUACCUCUAAGCACUCUGUGGAGGUUCAAGUCAAUGUCGUGGCAGAAAACAUCUUAACGGGUGCUAAAAGGGUAACUAACAGGGCCACUUUAUGGUAUGUUCCGCUGUCUCUAACAAAUGUGGACAAAGUAACUGAGGUUCCUCCAAUUCAGUAUGAAAGAAAAGAACUAGAGCAGGAAGGAAGGAAACGCUAUGAAGAUCAAAAACUAGAACGCAUGGAAACCAAACAAAGGAAUGGUGAAUUUAUUGUACCCGUUGUUAACCAAGACAGACAAAACAAAGAAGUAUAUACUGUUGGAUACAGCCAGUCCAGCCUGAUUCAUUUGGUGGGACCUUCGGAUUGUACACUGCAUGGCUAUGUUCAUGGAGGUGUUACUAUGAAACUUAUGGAUGAAGUGGCAGGAAUUGUUGCUUUUCGUCAUUGUAAGACCAACAUUGUUACAGCUUCUGUGGAUGCCAUAAAUUUCCAUCGGAAGAUUAAGAAAGGUUGCAUCAUUACCAUAUCUGGCCGUAUGACCUUCACUAGCAAUAAAUCUAUGGAGAUCGAGGUUUUUGUGGAUGCUGAUACCCUUGUUGGUGACACACAGGAGAGAUAUCGAGCUGUCAGCGCAUACUUUACUUAUGUAUCCUUAAGCAAAGAAGGGAAAACCCUGCCGGUGCCUCAGUUAGUGAUUGAAAGUGAAGACGAAAAAAAGAGAUUUGAAGAAGGAAAGGGACGUUACCUACAAACAAAAACCAAACGGCAGGCACAUAUGCAGCCAUUGACCCAACAAUGACCAUCCAAGUGAAGCAAUCUGCAAGCUAGGAAUGUGAAUCGUUACACAACCCAAGCUGUUCAAAUUGUCUCUUUGAAAUGAAAAUAGAAAUAGUGUUAUGUGAUGUGAAAUGCUAUUUAAAGACCAGAUGAUUCUAAAGUAUGUAUUAUUAUAUAUAUUGAGUAGUACAAAUAUUGAAGAUAUAUUAUUAUAUGAAAAUAUAUUAUUAUUGAUUAGAGAAAGUUGAAGUAUUAUUAGCAUUUUAAAUAAUUUACCAUUACUGCUAUUAGCUAUAAAUGUUCUUAUUUUGCACUUGGCUGUGGUUGGAUCACUUCACAGCUGCAUGUACAGGCAUUCACAGGAAUAUGAAAUGGAAGGCUCCCCAAUCCCUAAAGUUUGUAUUUCCAAAACCCAAUACUGACAAACCAGUGUUCCACAUUCUAAUAGGUGUUAUUACAGGAAGAGACGGAAGAGCCGCCUAUUUUUCAGCUGCUGAGUGGAACUUCUUUGGGAAGUAAUGGCAGUGGUAGAACUAGACAAGGAAACUUAUUUCUCAUAACAUGGUUUUAACUUGAUAUAAUGUUUUAAAAUGAUCCCAUUACUACACUUGCUGCAGAAGCAGUUCUGCUCCAGCCAGGGGCAUCUGAAAUCAUAUAUUGCCAAUUGGUGUUAAAUACAUGUCCAUUUAGUGGGUCUAUAUAAAACUUGGUGCUGGAUUUAAUUCCAGCUCAUUGAUCUCUAGUACAGAUUGGUUAAUUUGCACUUAUAUGUGUAUAUUAGUCAGAUCACUCUUCUUUCUUUUCUGGGUCUCUUCUUUGAAAGCUUUGUCCUUGCUACCAAGCCAGAUAUAAACCCUGCUAUGUGUAUUGCUAAACAUACAGUAACCUGAAAAGUAUUUACCCCCAUUCAACAAUUUCGUAGAAGAGGAGAAUUAGUCAAGGGGUGAAUGUGUUUGAAAGGCACUGUAUUUGUGCUUUCAGUAGAGAACAGGUAUUAAACGUGUAUUGUAUUUCACUGGGGCGGAUUUAAUGAUAGGUGCUUUAUUGCAACCAGAGUAUCAGUGGAGCUAAUCAUAGCAACCAAUGUUUCCUCUGUACAUUUGCACUUCUAUGCUGCUCCACAUAUUUAUACCAAAAAGGCCCAAUAUGUGGCCAUCUAGCUGUUGUGAACUAUGACAGACAGGUAUGUGUACUUUAAAGGACCAGUAACAAAAAAAAUUUUUUUUUGAAAAUUCGUUACUAUACAACGAAAAAAAACACCAACACAAAUUACAUUUUAAACUAGCAAAGGCCCAAUAUGUGGCCAUCUAGCUGUUGUGAACUAUGACAGACAGGUAUGUGUAGUUUAAAGGACCAGUAACAUAAAAAGUUUUUUUGAAAAUUCGUUACUAUACAACAACAAAAAAACACCAACACAAAUUAAAUUUUAAAAUAGCAAAGCCUU